UGAGAGUGAGAGAGGGUGUGCUGGGGUUUUUAUUUUUUUUUAAAGUUGUUUUAAGUGAGGCACGUCAAUGGCAUACAAGGGUGAAACUGUAAAAACGGAGAAAAUCAACAGUGACCGGGAGUUGGGUUUUGCCUUCGGCUUUCGUUUCAUUUCGUCUCUCUCUCUCAGUGACCUGAGCAACAACAUAUUACUCUGUAUCAGCGAUCGAAUCGAUCUUCGCAGCCAUGGAUACUUCAAACCUCACUUCGCUUCCAGAGGACACUCUCGAAGACAAUGAACAACGAGCACCACAGCAACCCCGACCUCUCUCGGCCUUUGCCUCCCGCCCUGAUCGCCCUCCCACUCAGACUUCUUCACAAAAAUACUCGGCUUUAGAUUGGAAGGGGUUUUUCGACCAAGAAGAAGAUAUUAGAAUUCCGGACUCGGAUGAUGUUUUUCAUGUAUACACUGCAGGAACAGAGGGCCCAGUUGUUUUCUGUCUGCAUGGAGGUGGUUACUCAGGGCUCUCUUUUGCCUUGUCAGCAAGUAAAAUUAAGGAGAAAGCUCGGGUAGUUGCUAUGGACUUGAGAGGACAUGGAAAGUCAACCACAGAAAAUGAGACUGAUCUUUCUAUUGAGACUAUGUGCAAUGAUGUUCUGGCUGUUGUGAAAGCAAUUUAUGGAGAUUCACCUCCUGCAAUUGUGCUUGUCGGCCACAGUAUGGGAGGGUCAGUUGCUGUGCAUGUUGCUGCAAAGAGAGCAUUGUGUAGCUUGGCUGGGCUGGUUGUUGUCGAUGUUGUAGAGGGAACAGCUUUGGCUUCAUUGAUUCACAUGCAGAAAAUCCUGUCAAGCAGGGUGCACCAUUUUUCAAGCAUUGAAAAAGCGAUUGAAUGGAGUGUAAGGGGAGGCUCUUUGAGAAACAUUGACUCUGCUCGGGUGUCAGUACCUACGACAUUAAAGUAUGAUGAUUCAAAGAAAUGUUACAUUUACAGAGCACGAUUGGAAGAAACAGAACAAUAUUGGAAAAGCUGGUAUGAAGGUCUUUCAGAAAAGUUUUUGUCAUGUCCCGUUCCAAAGCUCCUGCUGUUAGCUGGAACAGACCGACUGGACAGAGCUCUGACAAUUGGUCAAAUGCAAGGCAAGUUCCAAAUGGUUGUUGUAAGGCAUACUGGCCAUGCCAUACAAGAAGAUGUACCCGAUGAAUUCGCGACACUAGUAACUAAUUUUAUAUCUCGUAACCGCAUCGGCCCUCGCGGAGUUGAGAUUCCAGGACUCCGUCGGCCAUCCCAGACCAACCCUUGAAUCAGUUGUUCGGAGAAUAAUCAAUGACGUGUGUUGUCAUACUAACAGAGAGAAAUCGCAUAUUUGGAUUUUAUUUGGAUUUAUCUUCUUCUUGGUUGGUAAAUGUGCUGGGAAAGCAUUUAAUUUGACAAAAUGAUAAUUGCCAUUAGGUUAAAUAUGUAUAUCAGUUAAAGAAAUGUUGGAGUGUGUUUAGAAAUAAAGAUAUUACAAUCUAUUAUCCUUUCUUUUGGUUA